AUGGUCUACCUGCAAGAGGAAGAAGUUGCGGAAAUUUUGCACAUAAUGUCUUUGAUGGCCAAUACGAUAGCACGAUUAGCAACGACUGACGGCGCCAGCAGCAAUAAUACUUUCCCAUCGUCCUCGGCAUUACCAGCUGCUACCACCCAUAACGAUAGUGGUUUGAGGCGUGUUUAUAGUGGUAGUGCAGCUACCCAACAAGUAUCUGCCACAAUCAACAAUGUCUGUCAUAGCCAACAAGCACCAGCUCCUCUUGUUGCGAGCAGCAGCAGCAACGACUGCGCCAGCAACAGUAAUUGCAGCGAUAGCGGCAGAAUCACCAACGGUUCCGACAGCCACAUCCAUCAAGCGAUGCAACUCGGUACAAACACCACCGCCGUUGUUGGAAGUAGUGACGAUAGUACUAGUACUACUACCACCACUAACGUUAGCGAGAGCAUUCAUAAAGUGGUAGCAUCAACCACUACUGCUAGUAGUAGUAGUGGCAUCACCAACAAUUUCGACGUCGCUACCGCUAGUAGUCAGCAGCAAAAAAAGAAGCACGACUAUGUCCAGCAUCAUCAUCGAAAACCAGUGACAAGAAAACCAUACGAUAUACGAACCACUUACGAGCUGAACGUAUUGUUUUUCGAAGCAUUUGGAAACGGACGUCGUCCCACCAAAAAGGAACGAAAAAUAGUUCAAACCAAGACGGGUAUUACGUCCCGGCAACUGACGUACUGGCUCGCAAACCAUAAAAGAUCGCGCACAACCCAUCUCAACGCGUAUAAACGAUGGGUUCGCGAAGGCACGAUCAAUAACUAUGAUGCGUUUGCUCGUUACUGUAGUCAAAAUUGCGUGCCGGAAUUUGCUGGACGUGACAUUGAUUAUCGACGAUCUUUAGUUCUUGAAGAGGAUGUGGCUAGUUUUGACACCCACCGUAAAGACACGAACAGAAACAGAAACAUCCGCCGCAUGACAAUGGAAUCGAAAACUGUUCAAAAAGCGCACCAGGAGAAAGAUGAGAAAGGCAACAAGAAUGGUGGCAGCAGCAGCAGCCACGGAGGUAUCAUGGUUAAUGGCCGUAGUCCACAUGUCGAGGAAGAAGGGGAUGGUGGUUAUUUUGAUAACGGUACCAAAUGCAGUGGGAGAAAAUGA